GACUGAAGAUGGCCGCGGAUGGAGGCGCGCUGAAGGAUAUCAAUGAGAUUAAGUCUCAGUUUCGGACCCGCGAGGGAUUUUACAAGCUGCUCACCCUCUCCGACUCCCAGCAGCGGGCCGGGCUGCCGCGGGGGCCGGCCGGUGUCACGGCGGGCGCGGGCUCCAUCCCGGGCGGCGCUGCCGGUGUGGGGGGGCUGGUGCAGGGGCCCGGGGCCGCCGCCAACUCCUCCCCGGGGUUCCUGCCUCCAGUACGGGUGUCGAUGGUCAAGCUGAAGCCGGAGGACCCGAGCGAGGAGUCCGAGCGCGUGUGCUUCAACAUCGGCAGGGAACUCUACUUCUACACCUACACCAACAUCAAGAAGGCAGUGGAUCUCAGUAAGCCAAUAGACAAGCGCAUCUAUAAGGGCACUCAGCCCACGUGUCACGACUUCAACCAGUUCUCAGCGACGGCAGACAGCGUGGCCCUGAUCGUGGGCUUCUCUGCGGGGCAAGUGCAGUACCUAGACCCCAUCAAGAAGGAGACCAGCAAACUCUUCAACGAGGAGAGGCUGAUCGACAAAUCCAAGGUGACGUGUCUGAAGUGGCUGCCCAAGUCAGAGAAUCUGUUCCUGGCCUCGCACGCCAGCGGGCACCUGUACCUGUAUAACGUGGAGCAUCCGUGCGGCACCACGGCCCCACAGUACUGUCUGCUGCGGCAGGGCGAGGGCUUCUCCGUCUACUCCUGCAAGACCAAAACACCUCGUAACCCUUUACUACGCUGGGUCGUUGGAGAGGGCGGUCUGAACGAGUUCGCCUUUUCACCUGACGGCGUACAUGUAGCCUGCGUGGGUCAGGACGGCUGUCUGAGAGUCUUCCACUUCGACUCCAUGGAGCUGCAGGGCGUCAUGAAGAGCUACUUCGGCGGACUCCUCUGCGUCUCCUGGAGUCCCGACGGGAAAUAUCUGGCAACCGGCGGAGAAGAUGAUUUAGUGACUGUUUGGUCGUUCUCUGAGAGUCGUGUGGUCGCUCGAGGACACGGACACAAGUCUUGGGUGAAUGUGGUGGCGUUCGAUCCGUUCACCACCAAUCUGGAAGACGAGGAGCCGAUGGAGCUGAGCGGCAGCGAUGAGGAUCUCCAGCAGGGGGCUCUGCACUUCGGGCGUGUGCGAACUAGUAGUACGCUCUCACGACUAUCCAGACACAGCUCAAAAGGAGGAGCGGCGUCUGUUUCGUAUAGAUUCGGGUCUGUGGGACAGGAUACGCAGUUUUGUUUGUGGGAUCUAACAGAUGAUGUUUUAUAUCCGCGACUUCCGCUCUCUAGAGCGCUCACGAAUACGUUCGGUCCGACGGUUGCCACGUCUAACAGUGGCAGUGUUGUUGAAGGACAUCAUCAUCCGUCUAUCCAGACGGCAUCUACGCUGCCGUUGCCUUUACCGCGCUCGCUGUCGCGCUCAAACUCCCUGCCGCAUCCUGCAGUGGCUAACACCUCCAAAAGCCAGGGGGCGCCAGAGAGUGCGGGAACAGUUAGCAGCAGCGGAACUGUCACGCCGUUCAGCAUCGGCCGCUUCGCCACGCUGUCCUUACAAGAGCGUAAAUCAGACAAAUCCGGCGUGGGCGGGGAAAAGGAGCACAAGCGCUAUCACAGCCUGGGGAACAUCAGCAAGAGCAACGAUAAGAUUAACGUAGCGCCGCGCAGCAGCCGGCUAGAUGGCGCUAAAGUGCUGGGCACUACGCUGUGCCCACGCAUGAACGAGGUGCCGCUGCUGGAGCCGCUGGUGUGUAAGAAGAUAGCCCACGAGCGGCUCACUGUCCUGGUGUUCAUGAACGACUGCAUCAUCACCGCCUGCCAGGAGGGGCUCAUCUGCACAUGGGCGCGACCUGGGAAAACGCAUGCAUCUCAGCCGUUAUCAGCACAGAAUGGGAAUUCUCCCAGCGGGACCGUGGUAUAACCCACUGAACACGGGACCAUGAUGCACUGCUGCAGACGGACCACACCCUUCCUUAGCCAAUAACAGCGCAGAAGCCACGGCCAUCCUGUUUUUUAUUUAUUUAUUGGAUCAUCGAGACUUUAGCGUAUAUUUCUAUUGUACAUAGUGUUCAGACUACUCUAUAAUGUAUUGAACAGUUAAUAUAUGGAGAUCCUAUAUUGUACAUAUAUAUGGUGACUGAUGCGUUGAAUGUUUUUAGCGACUGAGGGUUUGUUGUUGUUGUUGUGUGCUGGUGCUUCACAAGCUGACGGGGCAAAGUGACGUAGGUUUACCUGAUGUGCGUUCAGCGAGGUCAGUGCUGUCUAGAAAUGGUGCAGGCAGGGUAUCGGAGAGAUUUUAUAUAUAUAUGUGUAUUUAACAUUUACUGAUGAGCAAACACACCAUCGCUGAAGGAUAUCAGACGUUUGCGCCAUUCUCAUAUGACUGUUUAGAGUCGUCGGAGAUCUCUUAAACACUAGUCUAGCGAAGCUUGAUUUCACCACUGAAUAAAUUGAAUGAACAUUGCAAGCUUUUGUGUUACAGGUGGAGCUUUGUUUAAGUGCAGUUCUGAGAUGAAUACAAGAAAAAAUGAGGAGGGAGGAGAGAUCUGCAGAGAAUUUGGAGGAAAACAAAACAAUAUAUAUAUAUAAGAUGAAAAAACUUUGAAGAAAAGGUGGCAUGGUGGCUUAGUGGUGUCACACUGUGGCCUCACAGCAAGAAGGUCGCUGGUUUGAGUUCCGGAUUGGUCAGUUGGUGUUUCUGUGUGGAGUUUGCAUGUUCUCCCUGUGUUGGCGUGGGUUUCCUUCAGGUGCUCCGGUUUCCAAACACAUGUACUAUAGGGGAACUGAUCAACUAAAUUGGCCGUAGUGUGUGUAUGGGUGUUUCCCAGUA